CGGAGUCUUUUUGUUUGAUUAGAUCUCAGGCGACUACAAAUAUUUCAUAGUAUUUAAUGAAGAAGAGAACAUGACCAACAACGUAAAUGAAAGGACCAAGGACCCCCAUGUCUGUGGACUCACCUGCCUGGGUCCUCUGACCUUCCACCCUGAGGCGGUGGGUAAGAAGAUCACCCUCAGCCAUGGCAACUGCAGGGCCUCGAGAGACUUGGAGACCUUCAGGGACGGCCUGGUGUUCAGCAGUCGCCCAGUGAAGCCCAGGGAGAAGGUCCAGUUCCGGGUGGAGCGCAGUCUUCUAGCCUGGGAGGGCGGUGUGCGGGUCGGCUUCACCAACGUAUGCCCGACCACCGCCGGACCACUUCCUCCGCUGGCCUGUCCCGACCUCGCAGACAAGCCCGGGUACUGGGCUUUGCCAGUGCCACAACGGGACUGCCCACCUGGUACCAUGGUCUCCUUCUGGAUGGAUUCAACUGGACUGUUGUGUUACAAGACACCCGCUGAAACUUUCUGUGAUCAGACUGAUUUGGACCUCUCUCGGCCUCUCUGGGCUAUUAUUGAUAUCUACGGCCAGUCAACUACGGUGCUUUUACUCGGUUCUGUACGAAGGUUGAAUCGAUUUAUUAAGACAUCCUCCUGCCCUAUUCCUCGUAGCACAUUUGAAUGUGGCUAUGAAGAUACUCCACCUGAAUUAAAGAAAAGGAAAGCCAUCGCUGAAAGGAAGCUGAAACAGCAUCAAGAAGAUCAAAGUAACAAUAACAACUCUCAGAGAACAGGGUGCAGCAAGCAGGACUUGUGUGCGGUGUGUCUGGACCGUGAAGCUCGUCUGGCCCCCCAGUGUGGACAUCGCUGCCUGUGCCUCCCCUGUGCUAACAGGGUGUUUGAGGAAUUCGGCACGUGUCCACUGUGUCGGCAGAUUAUCUAGAAUUGUCCAAGAGCUGGAUGUGGAGCUGCCGUGGUACACAUAGACCCAUAAGGACAUUGACUGGUUUCAGUCCAGGCACAUUUGGAAGAUGCUACGUACACUCUACCUCAAGCAGUAAUAUGUUAUUGCACUCUGAACAUUUUGUACAGUAUACUUUCAUAAUUAUUCUAUUCAGGCAGACUUUCCAGUGUUGAUCAAUGUGAAUUUUAGCCUGGGUUUACACCAUAAUGUUUUUUAUUUCGUAUAAACAUUUAAUUCGGCACUUGUACAUAUUUAUGAAUAUUUCUGUGAAAUCAGGAUAUCAGGAAUACUAGGAUGAUAUGUCCAAUAGUUGAUCAAGGUAACUUGAAUGAAGUUUUAAUAACAAUUGCAGAAUAAAAUGUUGAUCGGUCUAAUCUGUGAAGUGUUUACACGAUAAAGUAUUGUAUUUUAUGUAAAUAUUUCA